UCUUCUGAGGGAGCCUUAUACUGCCUAGCUCCACUUCCAAGCACAGGGGUGCAAAUGCCAAGGCCCCAACACACCAACCAACCGCCUCUGGUUGUCUGGGCCCAAGACUCGGGGCUGCUGAGACCAUGCCCACAACCAAGAAAAUCCUGACAUUCUUAGGAAGCUUCCUCACCAGCUUGGGAUCCUUUGCAGUGAUCUGCUCUGUUCUGGGGACCAAAGAAUGGGUGCACAGCACUGUGAACCUCACCGACUCUUCUUCCAAAAUCACCAUCUACAUGUCCUACGGACUUUUCAGUGGCCAGAGCAGCCGAAAAUUUGAUCCUGGCCUGGAAGAGCCCACAAAAUUCUUCCAAGUUCUAGAGGAGCUGAGCGGAUCCCCGAAGACGCUCCACUCGCUCAUCAUCCUCUUCCUGGUCCUCAGCCUCCUCGCGUCGCUGCUCAGCGCUGGCUUCUCCCUGUACAACAGCAUCAGCAACCCCUACCAGACAUUCCUGGGGUCUGUGGGGGUCUACACCUGGAGCGGGCUCAGCAUGUCCCUGGUCUUCCUGACCAUGAUCCUGUUUGUGGCAAACACACAGGCCAAUGGCCUCUCAGAGAUGCUGGCUCAGAGUGUGUACUCAGUCCCCCCGGAUGCCAACUACCACUACACUGCACACAGCUACGGGCUGUCCUUCUGGCUGCAGCUGCUGGCCCUGGUGCUGGGCCUGGGCACCGUGGGCAUUGUCCUGCUCUACCAGAAGGCCCGCUACCAGCGCAAGCAGGAGCAGCGGAAACCCAUGGAGGAGGCCCCAAGGGAUGGCAUCCUCUUCUAGUCGCCAUCCCCA